UAGCUGGCAAAAUGGACGCCCCCAGUCCCACCAGCCCCUCAGAGUGAUUCCCAGCAACCCGGAAUCCACUUCCCUCCCAGCAAGACGAACCCAAACCAGUAGCUCCAGCAACCCGGAAUCCACUUCCCUCCCAGCAAGACGAACCCAAACCAGUAGCUCCAGCAACCCGGAAUCCACCUCCCCUCCCAGCAGGACGAACCCAAACCAGUGGCUCCAGCAACCCGGAAUCCACCUCCCCUCCCAGCAAGACGAACCCAAACCAGUUGCUCCAGCAACCCGGAAUCCACCUCCCCUCCCAGCAAGACGAACCCAAAACCAGUGGCUGCCUUUCUCUUCUAUGACAAACCCAAUUUACGCCCAGCUAGAUUCAGUGGAAUCGCUCCUGGACGAUCUCCCCUAUAUGUUUUAUCUGGGCCUGUUCUUCGUGAACGUUCUGAUCCUGUACUACGCCUUCCUGAUGGAGUACAUCGUCCUGAACGUGGGGAUCGUGUUCCUUCCCGAGGACAUGGACCAGGCGCUGGUGGACCUCGGGGUGCUGUCCGACCCGGCCUCUGUCCCCUACGACACGGACACGGAGCUGGAUUUGUUCGAGGGCUUCCUGGAGUGACGGGCUGGUCCUGGAGGAGGAGGUCAUCAUCAUCAUCAUCAUCAUCCUGGAGGUGGUGGUAGUGAUGAAGAGUUCCAGGCUGAACUCUUCCUGCUCAGGGAUGCUGGGAACAAAUCUGACGCUGCCGUUGCCUUGGUCUCACACAGACACAUCAAUUAAGAAGUUGUCUCGGCUCAAAAGAAGGUAACCCCGAGGAAGAGAUGAAGCACUGCCUGCCGUGUUAUGACUGUCCCGAGGAAUCUGCACCGGAUCAGCUGCCAGUCAGUCUGAGACCAUUCUAUCUAAAAACACUCGACUCGAGUCGGACAUCAGGGAGUUCACGUUGGAAUCUGUGGCUGGGGACACAGUGGAAUAUGAUUCAGUAGCAGUAUGUGCUGCAAAACUGAAUUCUGAAGCAUGUUUCAGGUUGGCUGCGCCGCUGCCAGUCCAGAUCCAGCAACCUGGCAUUGACACCCACCACUUAUCCAGGCUGUGCAAGAUCCUGUUGCUGAAUGCAGAAGGAAAUAAUUAUAUUCCCUAGCCACCAAAAGCCACAGUGUGACGUGCUUCACAGAGGGAAGUGGCAACGUGCGGAAUGUACAUCUGUCGCAGACUUAAUCACCCGCAGAACAACUUGCUUUACCCUUUUGUCCUUUUACAUUUUAAGGAAAACCAGUUGCUGCUUUGCAGGCUCACUCAUCCUUGAAAAACAAUUUAAAAUGUGUUGUUUGAGGCCAAUCAUACUGCAUGUGUGCUUCAAGGAUGUGCACACUCUCAGGAGCACAGUUAGGAACUCUGGGCACACUGACACUCACAGUGACACUGGACACAGGCUGUGCAACUACAGGUCGUAUCUGCUGGAGAGCUCUUAACUCUUUAAGCUCACUUAUAAAUCAGGAUCACCGCCCUGCACGUGUCACAAUCUUCACUGUUGUGAAUAAAAGCAUCUCAGUAGGUCUUCUGUUAACCUAUGGUUCAUUAAAUUAUUGUGGCGAAUUUAAUUGACCAGAAAACAACAAACUGUUAUAGAUUAGUUAUGACAAAUGGCCAAACACGCCCAAAUGAUAUCAGUAUGAUUGUCAAGUACUGAAACCUCCAACUUAAAAGAAGUGUUUCAGAUAUACACAUGUAGGUUCAUAUAAUGUUACAGAUUCGUUUGACAUGAGACUCAGAAGCAUGACAUCAGUUGUUUUGUUUAUUUUAGUUGUCGAAUUCUGUUUUAUCGCACUUUCUUUGAUAUGAAUAUAGAAUCCAGUUCUUAAGAGGUAUAUUCUCGGCAGCAAUAAUAAACUGGAUUCAACCAAUGGGGAAGUCUAAUAGUUGAACAUUUGAGAUAUCGUACAGAAUCAGGUAGUUAUUACAUAUAUUAGCUGGAUUUCAUUGUGGAGGGGAAGAAGAAAACCGCCUUGGGGCAGUGAAGGCCAGAGAAUUAAGUACAGCGCAACCAGUGUUUUCUGGCAAAAUACUGUCCAGAAUAAACAAAUUGUGUAUAAUCAUCAUGGCGCUACUGGGUGGUGACCAUUUCAGACCUUUUCAAAAUAAGUGCACAUGCAGAUAAUACCCCAUCAGAUCAACUGGUACGAAUCAGUGACGGCUAAUAACCAAAUUAUUAUAAUCUUUUGGACUAUGGCUGCCAUUAAGCAAUAUAUAAUGUAUCGAGGCAUUUGCAUUUGUAUUUGUCUGUCCAUCAGUUUGUCCAAAUGAAUUCAAGUUUUUUGAUAAAAGAUAAAAACAUCUUCAGAAACCCGACACUAAGGCUCAGGAUACCAAUAUUCUUUAAAUAAUAAAAACACAUGUUUGUGGAAACUGCUCAGAUAGAAUCCGGUAAGGGCUUCCUGUAGAUUAAUAGUGAAUAUUUAACUCAAGAAAGUAUUUAAUCAAUCUCCAUCAUGCUGGAAAUGGGCAACAUUAACAGGCCAAUAAUAAUAAUAAUAUAUUUUUGUUAUAAUAGUACGUAUUGUCAAUAGAUGGGUGAGUUGAAUCUCGAGGUCACUCCCUCUCCUGAGGAAUCAGCAAGUGAAGAUGGGAAGGAUUCUUGAUUUGUGUGGAAAGUGUUUCUUAAUCACCGGUGAAAGACGCUUUGUGCCAUGAUACCAGGCUGUGUUGUUCAGGCUCUGAUCAACAUGUGCUCAGUGUUUCACUCAUCAAUAAGGACUGUGAUAGGUCAGUUUGUCGAAUGUUAUCAUCAUCAUCCAAACACAACCAGUGCUUGUUCCCUCCCUCACAUCUGCAGACCUGCACACGUUAUAAUAAUCAAUGCAUCAUAGCAGAGUCGAUUUUUGCCAAGGUGUCUGUUUAAUAAACUGAGUGAAUGCCA